UCAGGGCAUUGUUUUGGUCGGCGGACGUUCAAACGGGCACGAGGAACCCAGGAGUUUUCGGCAUGUGGAUAUGUUGACCAUAAAUAUGCAUUUCUAAAUUAUCUCCAUCGAUUUUGUUGAGAGUUUAGAGUGAAUCACUUUUAAUAUGUCUACUGUCGUGUAACCGCAUUGUCUGCUUUCACUGUCGUGCUUCUAUUUUCUCGUUCAGGUGGUGUAGUUAACUCACGUGUGUACGUGUGGGGACUUUAGCCUACUGGAUGUUACAGCUGUUUAGUGAAGUCCCCAAAUAAAUACAAAAGUAUUUGCACGCCCGAUUCGCUCAUUUGCCGUUCUUACAACGGCUUAAAACACUAGUCAAAAUGGUGUUUUUCACGUGCAAUGCCUGUGGAGAAUCUUUGAAGAAAGCACAAGUGGAUAAGCACGUAAUGAAAUGUCGACAAUGCCAAGUACUCUCGUGUAUUGACUGUGGGAAAGACUUCUGGGGGGAUGACUACAAGGAGCACCUCAAAUGCAUCAGUGAAGAUCAGAAAUAUGGCGGUAAAGGUUUCGAGGCCAAGGCCAACAAGGGGGAUGUCAAACAACAGCAGUGGAUGGAGAAAGUCCACGAGGCCAUGAACAAACCAGGCGUAAGUGCAAAGCUGAAGGAAGUGCUCAACCAAGUAAGCUCAUAUGACAACGUCCCAAGGAAGAAGGCCAAAUUUCAGAACUGGAUGCAAAAUAGCCUGAGAAUCUAUAGCAAGCCCUUGCAGGAUCAAGUUUGGGAAGUCUUCGCUGCUGCUACAAGCAAUAAUGGUCCCGCAAAGGCAGCCGAGGAGCAACAGACUCAGAAUAACACAAACGGCACAACUACUGAAGCCGAUCAGAACGGAACGGCUCAGACAGAGGUUGAAUCAGAAGAAUCCGCAGAGCCGGCAGCACCUGUGAAGGAGAAGAAGAACAAGAAGAACAAAGCGGCCAAAGCUGAACAGAACGGAACAGAACACGAAGAACCGUCCACCGAGCCUGCAGAAGCACCGCUGAAGCAGAAAAAGAAUAAGAAAGGCACCAAAGCCGAUCAGAAUGGAACGGCUCAAACAGAGGUUGAACCAGAAUCCGCAGAGCCGCCAGCACCUGUGAAGGAGAAGAAGAACAAGAGGAACAAAGCUGCCAAAGCUGAACAGAACGGAACACCCCAGGCAGAACCGUCCACCGAGCCAGAAGCACCGCCGAAGCAGAAAAAGAAGAAGAAAGCCGCCAAAGCCGAUCAGAAUGGAACAGCGCAGCCGUCCACCGAACCAUCCGCAGAGCCAGUGGAGCCUCUGAAGGAGAGGAAGAAGAAUAAGCGCGAGCGCAAGGAAGAGAGGCGGCAGCUGAAGAAGCAGAAGAAAGCCAAUGGACAUCCAAAUGGCCAGCAAGAAGAGGAGCAGAACACGGCACCUCAGCAGACAGAGGAGAUAUCCAAGAAACAGAAGAAGAAGAAAAGGAAAAUAGAGGAGGUGGAGGAGGACAAGACUACGAACGCGGAAGCUGAGAGCAAACCCAAGAAGAGUAAAAAGGCCAGCUUAGAUGAUUCGCAGAUGUCUGAAUUGGCAGAAGAUGCAGAAGGGGAGAACACUGAACAAAGUUCCAAAGGCAAGUUCAACUGGAAGGGAACAAUAAAGGCAGUGCUGAGGCAAUCACCAGAGGAUGGCCUUCCUAUGAAGAGACUAAGAAAAAAGGUGCUGGCUGCAUAUUAUUCGUUUAGUGGUGAUGGAAACUUCAGAUCAGAGGCAGAGCUCUUCUCGCUGUUCAACAAGAAAGUCAACGGCAAUCCCAAGUUCAGGGUCGUCAAGUACAACGUCAGACUCGUGAAGUAACCAUUCGUCAUCAUCACUCACUACUCAUGAUCUGCCCUUCCAGAGACAUAUUUUUCUUCCCAUUCCCUGAGCGUCAUCAAAUUGCUUUUUUUAGACCGAAAAAAAUAAAUGUUCUUGAUGAACUUUA